CCUCCAUUAGUGUCUUGGCGCUGGUUACAGCAGCCCAGUUAGCUUUCGUUACUACUUUUAUUUCCACUGCAAAGUCCCUGUAAGGGACACAAUACCUGUGUUACAAGGGAGCAAACGUUCCCUUGUUGUUUUUUGUAUAUUUUUAACUCAAAAUUUUUCAAAACCUUGGACACAAACAACGAAAAACUACCACCUCAGUUUCGUCAGGUUCAUUAUGGCUUUGUGAGAAUUUUGCGCCAUGUUUAUGCAAGAAUUGGUCGAAAACGUCUUUUCUCCUGUUGGAGUGACCGUUUGUUGCGUUUCAGUUUUUAAUUCAAAGCUUCACAGAACAGAAAUUUGGGCAGUGGAUGAGCAAGGAGUGCGAGGAGAUGGAAGGAAGAGCUGCUACCCCGAAAGGAGUAGUUCCUUCUUCACAGCCGAAUGGAAAGGAGCCAGCCCAGAGAAAUAAAGGUAACUGGAGAGGUAGAAAUAGAAGAGGAUACAACAGUGGUAGAUAUCCCAAUCAAGACCGUUAUAGACAACAGAGAGACUCGUAUGAUAAGAGAGAUGGGUUCAAUCAACCACAGAGGCGUGGAGCUAUGCCAGACAGGAGGCCCCCCACAAGAAGUUUCUAUCAGUCUGGUGUAGAUUCAAAAAGGGAGUCUGUCUCAGAUGCACUAGAAGACUAUCCAGUCACUGGUACUACUGCUGGGUCGAAAAAGUAUGGCAUGUCACUCAAUCACCUUUUGAACUUCAAAUAUGCACCUAGGGAAAAGCCCCUCGCUUAUCUCCCCAGAAAUGGUCGCAAAAAGUACACUCCAUUCAAUAAAGAACAGUUCAUCCAAGCUAACUUUCAGUUUGUAGUGUCUGAUUCUGGUGAUUAUGAAAUUCAUGCCAUGGACCCUGAUGUGCUUGUGGACUGGGAUUUGAUAGAACAAGUGCGAAUCUUAAGCCAUGAGGUGCCAUCAUGCCCCAUCUGUUUAUAUCCCCCUGUUGCAGCUAAGAUAACCCGAUGUGGCCAUAUCUACUGCUGGUCUUGUAUCCUUCAUUACUUAAGUCUGAGCGACAACUCUUGGCACAAGUGUCCCAUUUGUUUUGAAGCUGUCUAUAAAAAUAACUUGAAGAGUGUUGUUGCCAUGGAAUCACACCCAUUUUCAGUUGGUGAUACUAUCACCAUGAGGCUUAUGAAGCGAGCUAAGAACUCUGUGCUUGCUAUUCCUAAAGCCCAAUGGCACGAGAGGGAAUUAAAGCCAUUCGGAAUCAAUGAUAAGGUAGAUACACGUUAUGCAAAACUACUGCUGGCCUCUCCUGAUGAAGUUUUAAAACAGAUCAUUGAACCUGAAGAGACAGCAUUGAGUACACAGCUUGUGGAAGCCAAAUGUGAACAGCUGGAGGAAGUUUGUUACAUUGAAGUUGCACUAGAAGAAAUUCAGGUACAAUAGCUCCAUGUAUGAAACUCGAAGAGCAAACUGUGAUGUAAC